AAACUCAAGUUUGUCGGAAAGGAAGUCCCUCCAACCCAGUAACCAGUAUCACCUUCUUCUUCUUUUGUUUGUUUCUCUUCCUUCCCUCUUCCCUCUCUUCCGAGGGUUUUUUUCUUUUUCCUUUUUUUUUCCUUUUUCUUUUUACUUUUAUUUUCUUUUAUACUUUCUCUUGUUUUUCAGUUUUUAUUGUAUAAAAUUUCCCCUCUAUCCCCAUUUCUUCGUCCUCUGCAACCCUAACCCUAGAAUUGAAGAUGCAGUCGCAGAGGUUAAGGCAGCAUGCCAUGAUGCAGCACUCUCUCUAUCACCACCCGGCCCUCCUAACUCCUCCUCAGAUAGAGCCUAUCUUGAGUGGAAAUCUGCCUCCUGGCUUUGAUUCGAGUACAUGCCGCAGUGUUUAUGUUGGCAACAUUCAUCCUCAAGUUACAGAAGCCCUUCUUCAAGAGCUAUUUUCAAAUGCAGGUGCCCUUGAAGGAUGCAAGCUUAUUAGGAAAGAGAAGUCAUCCUAUGGCUUUGUGGACUACUUUGAUCGCAGUUCAGCCGCAUUUGCUAUCGUAACUCUCAAUGGGAGGAAUAUUUUUGGGCAGCCUAUUAAAGUUAACUGGGCUUAUGCUAGCAGCCAGAGAGAGGAUACUUCAGGUCACUUUAAUAUUUUUGUCGGUGACCUUAGUCCUGAGGUCACUGAUGCAACACUGUAUGCUUGCUUCUGUGUAUACCCUAGUUGCUCUGAUGCAAGGGUAAUGUGGGAUCUGAAGACAGGCCGUUCCAGGGGAUUUGGCUUUGUUUCUUUCCGGAAUCAGCAGGAUGCCCAAAGUGCCAUAAAUGAUUUAACUGGAAAAUGGCUUGGAAGUCGACAGAUUCGUUGUAAUUGGGCCACAAAAGGGGCCAAUGCCAAUGAUGAAAAGCAGAGUUCAGAUUCUAAAAGUGUUGUGGAGUUAACUAAUGGAACAUCCGAAGAUGGCCAGGAAAUAACGAAUGAUGACACUCCAGAGAAGAAUCCUCAAUAUACCACUGUUUAUGUUGGCAAUCUUGCUCCAGAGGUUACUUCUGUUGAUCUCCAUCAACAUUUUCAUGCUCUUGGUACUGGAACUAUUGAAGAUGUUAGGGUGCAGCGAGACAAAGGUUUUGGGUUUGUAAGAUACAGUACACAUGCUGAAGCAGCUCGUGCUAUACAAAUGGGUAAUGCUCAAGUUCUCUUUGGCAAGCCGAUCAAGUGUUCAUGGGGUAGCAAGCCUACUCCUCCUGGAACAGCAUCUACGCCCCUUCCUCCACCUGCAUCUGCAAAUGUUGCAGGCUUUUCACUUGCUAGUCUUGCAGCAUAUGAACGCCAAAUGGCUUUGAGUAAAAUGGGUGGUCCACAUGCUCUUAUGCAUCAGCAAGGUCAACAUUCCCUAAAGCAGGCAGCCAUGGGCAUCGGUGCUCCUGGGGCCGGUUAUGAUGCAAGGUUCCAGAGUGUUGCGACCACCCAGCACCUAAUGUAUUAUCAGUAAAACGUGUUGUGCAGCUCCUUACGAUAUACAAGGAGGAUUAAAGUCAAUUGAACCGCUAGAACGGUUCUACAAUACCGUUACUUUCUUCCUUUCCCUACCCUCUUCUUACUUUAUCCUCCCCAGUUUUUCUUUUGCGUCCUUCUGCGCAUAUUUAUGCUUCGUAAAUUUGUAUUACUACAAUGUCUUAGCUGUUGUGUGCAUGAAUAGUGUGUUUUCUAUUUUCUAAUGGCGAAGAUUGUAUGAUUCGAUUGUGUCGUUCAUGGAGUUUUUGCCUUUUUACUGUUUUGGAGUUAUCAAGCUUUGCUUAGUUAUUAACUUCAGUCCAAGUGUCAAACUUUUUGUCUUAAUCUUUCAUGUUUAUACAAUUUUGUCUUAGGCUUUGCU